GCCCGGCGGUUCGAACGCCAGCACCGGUGGCCAGCGGGUGUGGGGCGCUCUCGGCCGCCGAGUCCGUCGGGCGAGUGCGUCAUUGCGCGGCACACGAUCUCUCAAGUGUAGUAGAAUGAUGCUCCGAGUCAAGUCCAAGUUCGUCGUUAGCGUAUCGAGCUGUCGGGUGAUGAAUUAGUGAAAUUGAGUUGUGAGAUGACCAGAUAUAAGCAGGCCCAGUUUGCCGACGAGGACAGUAGCAGUGUUGGGUCGAUACAGAUCAACGAAACCACCCGCAGCCCAACGAUGCACAUCCGGUACCAUGCGGCCCGGGGCACGUCCCUGUGGAACGCCCGGAGCAAGCUGGAGAAGGUGCUGAUCUUGCUGCUGAUGUUUGCGAUCGUGCUAAUAGUGGUGCUGAGCAGUCUGCUGGCGAACGACAGCACACGGAUUCUGCACGUUCGGCCGCACGUCGGCAACGGUAAAGAUAAAGAUGCGUACGGUGUCGACGAGCAAAUGCCCUGCCUGAACCAUCACUGCAUUUUUGCGGCCAGCGAGAUACUACACUCGAUCGACUGGUCGGUAAACCCGUGCGACGACUUCUACGCCUUUUCCUGCAAUCAGUGGAUCAAGAACAACCCGAUCCCGGAGGGUAAGUCCAUGUGGGGACUGUUCGGGAAGCUGGAGCAACAGAAUCAGCUGGUGUUGAAGAACGCUCUCGAGCGGCCACUUUCCGAGUUCAAGUCGAAGGCGGAGAAGAAAGCGAAACUCUACUACCAGUCGUGUUUGGACGAGGACGAAACGAUGGAGAAGCUCGGGGCGGAACCGCUCCAGAAGCUGCUGAAGCAGAUCGGCGGUUGGAAUGUGACGGCCAACGCGAGUGGGUUCGACGUGCAGAAGUGGUCCCUGCAACGGACGCUACAAACGCUUCAGAUCAAGUACAACAUGGGCGGUCUGUUCGGGUGGGCCGUCGGUGAGGACGAUAGGAACUCUAGCAAGCAUAUCAUACAGAUUGACCAAGGUGGAUUGACGCUCCCGUCGAGAGACAACUACUUGAACAAAACGGCGAACGUCAAGAUUCUGACUGCCUACCUGGACUACAUGACGAAGGUGUCGGUGUUGCUGGGGGCCGACGAAACCGAUGCCCGUCGGCAGAUGCAGGACGUGAUAGAGUUUGAGACGCGGCUCGCGAACAUCACCACACCGCAGGAUAUGCGCCGGGACGAGGAGACACUCUACCAUCUGAUGACGCUGGCCGUGCUGCAGGAGAAAGCGCCGUUCAUCAACUGGCAGGAGCACUUCGAGGAAGCGUUCCGGCUGGUGCGCCGGAAGAUCACCGAAAAGGAGAAGGUCGUCGUCUACGCACCGGAGUACCUGGAGAAGUUGAACCUGCUCAUGAAGGAGUACACGGCAACGGACGAAAAGAAGAUCAUCCUCAACAACUAUCUGGUGUGGCAAACGGUACGAUCGCUAACGGCGUGCCUGACGAAAGCGUUCCGCGAUGCGUACAAGGGUCUCCGAAAGGCCCUGAUGGGAUCGGAUGGUGGCGAAGAGCUCUGGCGAUACUGUGUGUCCGAUACGAGCAAUGUGCUGGGUUUCGCCGUCGGUGCCAUGUUCGUGCGGGACGUGUUUCACGGUGAUUCGAAGCCGCAGGCCGAAGACAUGAUCAACCAGGUGCGGGAUGCGUUUAAGGGAAACUUUAAAAACCUGAACUGGAUGGACACGGAGACGCGCCGGUUGGCGGUGGAGAAGGCGGACGCCAUAAGCGAUAUGAUCGGUUUCCCGGAUUACAUUCUGAAUCCGGAGGAGCUGGACCGGAAGUACCAGGAGCUGAACAUUGACCCGAAGACGUACUUCGACAACAACAUCAACUACAACAUCUACAGCCUGAAGAAGAACCUGGAGAAGCUCGAUCAACCGGUCAAAAAGACGCGGUGGGGUAUGACUCCACCGACGGUCAACGCGUACUAUACCCCGACGAAGAACCAGAUCGUCUUUCCGGCCGGCAUUCUGCAGAACCCAUUCUUCGACAUAAAGAGCUCGAAGAGCCUCAACUAUGGAGCGAUUGGCGUGGUGAUGGGGCACGAGCUGACGCACGCCUUCGACGACCAGGGCCGGGAGUACGAUAAGGUCGGUAACCUGCACCAGUGGUGGAACAAUCGGACGAUCGAGCGGUUCAAGAACCAGACCGAGUGCUUCAACCAGCAGUACGGUGCGUACAAGAUCAACGGCAAGAACAUUAACGGCAAGCAGACGAUGGGCGAGAACAUCGCCGACAACGGCGGUCUGAAGGCGGCGUUCCACGCGUACAUCAACAACGAGAAGAGCAGCUACACCGACACGGACACGCUGCCCCUGCCGGGCGUUAACAUGACCCACCGGCAACUGUUCUUCGUGUCCUUUGCCCAAGUCUGGUGCUCGGCCGUCACCGACGAGACGACCACGCUGCAGAUCGAGAAGGACUCGCACUCACCGCCAAAGUUCCGCGUGAUAGGGCCCCUGUCGAACCUGCGAGAGUUCUCGGAAACCUUCAACUGCCCGGCAGGCACGGGCAUGAAUCCGGUGGAGAAGUGUGAGGUCUGGUAGGGAGGUUCGGGUGCGUUUUAAACGCCUGCCCGAUACGGUUGACCAGGACUACGAAGCGCACGUGGUGGUACAAACUUUUCCGUUCUUUCUCGUCCCGCCGCUCGGUGGUCUCUUUUAUGGGAGCGCGCCUCUUUUUUGUGAUGCUUUUACUUUACGCUUGACACGUGGCCGGGUCGGCGUUAGAAGAAGAUUUCAUCUCCUGCAAGCCAAAUUAUACACAGUCACACACAAAGCAUAGGAUAGGACAGCACUCUGGCCGCGGAAACAGGAGGCAGUUGGUGUUUUGCAGUGGUCAAACCACUGCGUCGAUAUCAAUUAAGGCCGUCGGAGCAAGUCUUCGCGGAGGUUCCCAUCCUUCGCUGUUCGAUGUAAGUUUUGUAGGUUAAGCAGAUGCCGGAUGUCAAAAGCCAAACACGACAAGCGGACAACCCGAAAGUUCCACUAUUUUAUUAACGAUUUUUCUAUCCUUCGAGUGCGGCACGAUCGGCGACGGUACGAUUGUGGCACGGCGGGCAUUUUUACCUUAUUUUAUAUCGUUAUUCGAUCUUUGCAAAACCCGGAACAGCUACAAACUUCUAGUGUGCGUAAGAUUAAUUAAUUGUGAUGGUAUCUUAAAUGAGCGAAACCAAAAGAAAUAUGUAAUCUAAGGAUGGGUCCGAAGCGGGAGAACACGGAGUCGUGCUGUAGGGUGACGUACUUGCAACGUUUAAAAUUAAAUCAAUUCCUAUUAGACGACAGUGUAACAAUUUAUACAUUCACGAGGGAAACCAAAAAUGAAAUAAUACUUAUCUUAG